UGUUUUGUUUAUUUGUGUGUUUGAGUGUUACUUAUAAGAGGGUUUGUUAGCCAAAACGUUUGCAUCAGUCGCAGGUGUAAGAGGUUUGUCCAAUCCCUCCAACUCUCUAACGGAAAACACUUUCCCAUCUUCCCCCACCAUUAUUCUCUUCUUCUGUCUCUUUCUACUGCCUUGUCUUUAUUCUUAUUUUCUUAUCUCUCUCUCUCUUAUACCUUCAAUAUUCCUUGCUCAUCAUAGUUUAGGGAGAGGAAGAUAUAAAGAUCUUCACACAAGAGGGGUGGAGGAGCAAAAGGGUAGGGAAAAUAACAUACCCUAUUCUUCAAUUAGGGUUUUUUUUUCCUCUUUCUGUUCUUUCUUUCUGUUUUAGCUUCUGGAGCCAAGUAAUAUGUGCAGUAGAGGCCAUUGGAGGCCAGCCGAGGAUGAGAAGCUUCGAGAACUGGUGGAACGCUAUGGACCUCAUAAUUGGAACGCCAUAGCUGAGAAGCUUCGAGGAAGAUCAGGGAAAAGCUGUAGGUUGAGAUGGUUUAAUCAAUUGGACCCGAGAAUAAACAGAAGUCCUUUUACGGAGGAAGAAGAAGAGAGGCUUCUUGCUUCUCACAGGAUUCAUGGAAACAGAUGGGCUGUGAUAGCAAGACACUUCCCAGGAAGAACUGAUAACGCAGUGAAAAACCAUUGGCAUGUGAUGAUGGCAAGGAUUCGGAGAGAAAGAUCCAAAGUUUAUAACACCAAACAGCCACUUUUUCCUCCAAACCUUGACACCAAUUUUGAGACUAAUUCUAUCCCUUCUUUUGUUGACAAGUAUUAUGAAAAGUUCACACACACCCCUUUUCACUUUCCCAACACCUUUCACUUUCAACAUCCAACUUCUGCUUCCACACUGCCUCCAGAGAAGAGUCAAUCAGUAGAGUUCUAUGAUUUUCUUCAAGUGAAUACCGAUUCCAAUAAAAGUGAAGUGACAGACAUAGCCAGAAGAGACGAAGAGGAAGUGAGUCAAGAUGCUGUGGAACUGAAGAACAUUGGUGUUCCAUUCAUUGAUUUUUUGUCUUCUGGAGCAUACUAACAUAAUUGCCAACGCACAACAACUGCAACAACCUUAAUUACCCAUUAUUCCUAUGAUCGUUUCAACCUGACCAUCGAGAACAAUAUCUCGACUUUAGAGCCAUUCAUGUAACCUCCUUCUGUAUUCACAACGUAUUUAAUAUACAUGUACAUUUAUAACAUGUAAAAAAGUGCUUAUGAGAACCUCCAUGGAUCAAAAUCAUCAAAAUCAU